AUGAACAUGGAGAAGGUCAACUCCGUGGACUUCGGAGACUUUGUGGAAGUGUUUGGGAAUGUCAUUGAGAGAUGUCCUCUGGCUGCUGCCGCCGUGCGGUCUCAGCGCCCGUUCUCUGAUCUGGAAGACUUAGAGAAGCAUUUUUGUACCUUCAUCGAUGCCCUUCCACGGUCAGGCCAAGAGGGCAUCCUGCGCUGCCACCCGCACCUGGCGGGCCGCGAGCUGCAGCGGGGCACGCUUGCGGCCGAGUCGCAGCGCGAGCAGAGCGCCGCGGGCCUGCAGAACCCGGGCACCGACGAGCGGCGCCGGCUGGCCAAGCUCAACGCGCAGUGCCGCGCACGCUUCGGUUUCCCCUUCGUGCUGGUCGCGCGCCUCCGUGACCCGGCGGUCGUGGCGCGCGAGCUGGAACGCCGGCUGCGCUGCCCGCCGGCGCAGGAGCUGCGCACCGCCCUGGGCGAGGUGAAGACCAUCGGCCGCCUACGCCUCGCCGACCUGCUCGGCGCCGACUGCGCCCGGCUGUAG